AUGCUCGUCGCCAGCGUCUACUCCCUCGUCGCCGUUGUUGCCGCCGUCGUGAUCGUGCUGCCGUCGGCCGCGCCGGCUGGGAUAGUGGAGUGCGACCCCGGCGUCGGCAACACGUACGUGGCCAACGGCACCUUCGAGGCGAACCUGGACCGCCUCGCCGCGGCGCUCCCCGCCACCGUCUCCGCGGCGCCUGCCGGCUACGCCGUCGCCGCCGUCGGCGCGGAGCCCGACCGCGUCUACGCGCUGGCGCUCUGCCGCGGCGACGCGAACGCCUCCGCUUGCCGCGCGUGCGUCGCGGCAGCGUUCGUCGACGGGAGGCAAGGCUGCCCAGGCAUCAACGGCGUCACCAUGUACGAGGACGCCUGCGUGGUUCGCUUCUCCGGCCAGAGGUUCAUGGAUUUCCUCAGGCCGGACCAGUGGCAGGUCACGGAGAUGCUUUGGGCUCCCGACCAAGCCUCGGAGAGCGUCCAGCUGCCGGCGGUCGCAGGCUGGUUCGACGACGCCGUCGCCAAGAUCCUCGCCGCGCUGGUCGACCACGCCGUCGCCGCGACGGGCAACACGACUACCAACGCCAAGAAGUAUUUCGCCACGGGCGAGGAGGACUUCGACCCGAAGAUCUACGGUCUCGCGCAGUGCGUGCCGGACCUGACGCCGGCGCAGUGCAACGACUGCCUUGGCAGCCUCGUUUCUCAUGCAAAUGCAUCGUACCGGGGCAAGAGCCCUCGGUGGGUCGGCGUCGAUUCGGUGUGGUGCAGAGUGAUGUACGGCGUGCAGCCGCUGUUCUACGGAGGACAGGCGGCGAUGCUGCAGCUCUCGGCGCCGCCGCCACGAGCAGACGAGACCCCGGUUGUUACUCCAGAUCCUGGAGCAGGAAAGAGAAAAGGUGCAACCGGGAUCGCUGCCGGCGUCGUCUCUUCGGUUCUGGUAUCGUUGAUCCUUUCAUUUUUUGCAGUUGCUCGCUUCAGGAGAAGGACCAAAGCUGCAGAGACUGACCACCCGUUAAGGAAGAUAAGAAGAGCACAAUGCUUUGUUUUUGAUCUGCCUGCACUUCAAGAGGCUACCGAAAACUUUUCAGAGAAAAAUAAGCUCGGCGAAGGUGGUUUCGGUACUGUAUAUAAGGGAGUACUCUCAGAUGGACAAGAAGUAGCAGUAAAAAAACUUUUAGGAACAACUGGACAUGGAUUGGAUCAACUACAAAAUGAGAUCCAGUUAUUGGCAGAACUGCAGCACAAGAACCUUGUUAAGUUACAAGGGUUUUGCUUGCAUCAGGGGGAGACACUACUUGUUUAUGAAUAUGUCAAGAACAGAAGCCUGGACAACUUCCUAUUCGAUGCCAGUAGGGGAAAUGCACUGAACUGGGAGCAACUGUACAACAUUAUUCUUGGCAUUGCCAAGGGAAUAUUGUAUCUUCACGAGGACUCAACCUUGAGGAUCAUUCACCGGGACCUGAAAUCAAACAACAUUCUACUUGACGAGGACAUGAAACCAAAAAUUGCAGACUUUGGGCUGGCAAGGCUGCUAGGAGAAGGUCAUUCCCAUACUAGGACAACUAGAAUUGUUGGAACUUUCGGUUAUAUGGCACCCGAGUAUGCAAUACAUGGAAAUGUGUCAACCAAAAUCGACGUUUUUAGCUUUGGUGUGUUGGUCCUUGAAAUUGUAACGAGGAGAAGGAACUUCAAUUCUGAUGAUCAUGAUCCCAUGAAUCUCCUUGGUGAUGUCUGGAACUGCUGGACAAAAGGGACGAUCACACAAUUGAUUGACCAAUCGCUUCAAGGGCAGUUUCGAAGUCAAGCACUGCGAUGCAUCCAUAUCGGGCUGUUGUGUGUCCAGUCAGAUCCUGAUGACAGGCCUCACAUGUCAUCUGUCAUUUUCAUGUUGAACAGGGAAAACAUGAAUCUUCAGCCACCGGCGCCGCCUGCAUUCUUCUGUGAUAGAGACACAAACUCAGCUUCUCAACACUCUGUCUCUGAGCAAUCUGUGUAUGAUCGAUCUAACGUGAUCUAUGCAGAGGAUAUGUCUGUAAAUGGGAUCACGCUUACUGACAUGUACCCCAGAUAACCUUCCCCAGCCCCCAACAACAACAUCCGUACGCACGCACACACAAAAUGAUUUUUAGUUCGCACUGUCACCAUUAAUUGUUUUAUUGUUUGUCAACUUCAUUGGACCAUCUGCAGUGUGGUUUGAUCUGCACCUUAGAAGGCAGAUUGAAAUACUCUGGAUGUUUUCGUUGCCAUAUUUCAAUCUUAUAUGGUCAGUUAUCUCAUGUUCUUUGCACACUC